CAAAAGGAGAAAGAAUUAAGCUGAGAAUGAAUAGUUUCAACGACCAACACAGAAGGCACAACGCAACUUGGAGUUCGUUUCCUCUUGCUCUCUGCGGCAGUUCCAGCAGUGGCAGUGUGAGGAGGGUCGGUGAAGAGGAGGUGGAGGACGACGUCGGCGACGAUCUCGUGUCCAGAGUGGUCCCUGCGGUGACGGUGGUGCUGGAGGGCCGGUCGAUCUGCCACCGCAUCAGCCUCCACAAGCAUGAGAGCUACCGAAGUCUGGCCAAGGCUCUGAGAAAGAUGUUCGUGCAGGAUAAUACAGAAGAAGAAGUAGAAGUUGGUGGUCCUGAUGAUGAUGGUGUUGAUCUCUCCAAUGCAAUUCCUGGCCACCUUGUCGCUUAUGAAGAUAUUGAGAAUGAUCUUCUUCUUGCCGGUGACCUCAACUGGAGGGAUUUUGUACGUGUGGCGAAGAGAAUCAGGAUAUUGCCAGCCAAGAAGGGAAACUCAAGGAAGAAUACAAGAGCAGUAUGAUAGUAAGACACCGUUUGUUAUGCAAAACUAUUGAGUGAUAAAUUAAAAUUGAAAAUUUCUUAUAUAUGUGUUCAAAUCCUGCUCAUAUCUUCUUUAAUUUCUUGCAUUAGACAUAUUUUUUUCAUUUUGAUAAUGUAUGCAUAGCAUGUUUCUAAUGUUAUGUUCAAUAUUUAUUUUCAGUCCCGGAAGAAUUUUGUCCAAGAUAAUUAUAGAAGUUCUUCAUCACUAUUUAUUCAA